ACAAAAUCCAAACCACCACCGCCCCAACCACCACAACCACAGCUUACGACGACCACCACCCAUCCACUACGCAUACAAUCAAACCCCUCGCGAUCGUCACUUCCAACCACCGCCUCCACUUCCACCUUCACCGGCGCCGGUCACUGGUAAGAACAAAAGAUGUUCAGGGAUGAGUCGGCAUGCAAUACAUACAACUAUGGCGACUCCGUUUACUGGGAUGCUCGAUACAUUCAUGAAGCAUCCGCUGGUUCAUUCGAUUGGUAUCAGCGUUAUCAUGCCCUUCGUCCUUUUGUUCGAAAAUACAUUCCUACCUCUUCUCGCGUGCUUAUGGUUGGUUGCGGCAAUGCAGUUAUGUCAGAGGACAUGGUGAAGGAUGGAUAUGAAAACAUCAUGAAUGUUGACAUUUCAUGUGUAGCUAUUGAAAUGAUGCGAAGGAAAUACGAGCAUAUUCCUCAGUUAAAAUAUUUGCAGAUGGAUGUUCGGGAUAUGGGCUUUUUUCUUGAUGAUUCAUUUGAUAGUGUAAUUGAUAAAGGAACUCUUGACUCACUCAUGUGUGGAACUGAUGCUCCACUAAGUGCUUCUCAAAUGCUUGGGGAAGUCAGCAGGAUUCUUAAACCUGGAGGGAUUUAUAUGUUGAUUACAUAUGGUGAUCCAACGGUCAGGAUGACUCAUAUAAACAAACCAGCUUACAAUUGGAAAAUAGACUUGUACAUCAUACCUCGGCCGGGUUUUCAAAGGCCACCAGGUUCAACUUCGUCUCCUAAAUCAUACCUGUCACUCGUUCCCACUAACGAGAAAGGAUUGCUUCCUGCUGAUUAUGUUUUAGAAGAUCCGGAUUCUCAUUUCAUUUACAUCUGCACAAAAAUGGGUCAAGACCCGGAUCUCAGUGACUCACCUGCCUUCCUUUGAUUGUGACAUUUAAUUACAAAUAUCAUUUAUUAAUAAACAGUUUGUAAAAGUUAAACUAGCGGGGUUAGAUGUUUUUAAAAUACC